UCUGCCGCCCAGUCACAUUCACAGUCGCAGCCAAAGCCGAGAUGGAACUCCAAGCACCUCUCCUGGCGCAUGGGAGCGGAUGCCUCGAGCGCUGCAUGCGCAGGAGCACUGAUUGCGCCAAUCAUAACCAUAAUUGACCGCUCCAUCAUGGAAAACGCCUCCGGCCGCGCCUCCCUCUCCUCCUCCAUCCGCUCCUCCCUGCGCACCCUCCUCCUCCGCCCCCAAGCCCUGCUCCUCUCCAAACCCUGCGCCCUCGUCUUCGCCCUCUACUCCGGCACCUACAUGACCGCAAACUCCCUCGACACCUUCUCCUCCACCGUCUCCAACAGGCCCGCGUCCAGCAUCACCUCCGGCCCCGCCAAAUUCGCCGCCUCGUCCGCCGCAAACGUCGGCCUCUGCGUCUACAAGGACCAAGUCUUUGUGCGCAUGUUUGGCCCGCCCGGCGCGGUGCCCCGUCCCGUGCCGUUGCCCAGCUACAUCCUGUUUACGCUGCGCGACUGCUUGACCAUUUUUGCGUCCUUCAACCUCCCGCCGUUGUUGGCGCCUUGGAUCGAUUCCAGAACAUCUGAAACGCUGCGCCGGCAUGUCUCUGGCUUGACGACGGCGCAGUUCAUCGCCCCGGCGUCGGUGCAGCUCUUUUCGACGCCGAUACACCUGCUCGGUCUGGACAUGUACAACCGCCCAGGAGGCACCUUUCGCGAACGCUGGCAAGUCGUGCGGUCCAGUUGGCUUGUUAGCACCGCAGCGCGCAUGUGUCGCAUUAUCCCGGCCUUUGGCGUCGGCGGCGUUGUCAACUUGAAAAUGAGACGGCAUCUCAUGGAAAAGCUGGAAUGA